CCUCGGUGUUCGGUGCUUAGUUAGGGCUCUCUUCAAAUACAAACAUGGGACUGCCGCAGUUAGAGAAUUGUUGCUUCGUUUUGGAUCUGAAGACUGGUAACAUUGUUAUGGGGAGCUUAAAUGCGCUAUUAUCGUUCACAAUGUUCGUGAUCAUGAUCGUGGUUGCCAGCACUUUAGAACCCAUCAAAUAUGCUGCUGAAGAGGAAAGGGACCUAAACGCUGAGGCUGCGGCUACGGGCUUAUAUGUCAUGUCAAUCAUAUUAGUACUGAUGUUUUUUGCCAAGUUCUGCUUUGACAUUUUCUUCGUGUACGGAGUUGUUAUGGAGCGUGCCAACAUCAUUAGAGCUUACUUCAUCAUGUGGGUGGUGUUCUUGCUUCUUUCGAUUUUCACGUUUUUCCUGAAUGCCUCGGGUUACGGUGCUGGAACAAUCUGCAUGGAAGUAUUCUACAUAGGUCUCAAUAUCUACGCCAUCUUGCUGAGUCAUAGUUUUUACAAAUUACUUAACACAAGAGAAGAGGUAUAA